UCCUUCUUCCAGGAAGCAGCUGAAAGCGGUAGAGGAGGGAGUGAGUCUGCCCAGCCUCUCUGGCCCCGGCCCUAGGGGCUCCUUCUGGGCAGUCCUGUCAGAACUUGAGCCCCUGAGGCCGAGGCCCUGACCUGGUUUGGCUUCGCUUGACCAGCGGUGGGGCCUCACCCAUCAACCUCAGUUUGCAGGCCUUAGACUGAGGGUCUGCCGGGCUCUGGGACCCUGACUCCCUGGUGCUCAGCACCCUUGCCUCGACGCCUGAGGGCCUGGAUGUCUGCAGCUCGCGGCCAGGAGGGCCAGACCCUGUGCUCCGGAACAUGGUGCCGCAACGCGCCAUCCUCCUGGCCGGUCUCCUGGUGGAAGUUGCCAGCAAGUCCUCAGAAAGUGUGGGUCAGCAGCCUGAGUGUUGUAUGGACAUGGCGGACGCCAAUGCCACCUGCCCAGGCACAAGCCUGUGUGGCCCAGGUUGCUACGGGCGCUGGAGCGAGGACGGGACAGUCAGCUGCGUCCGGUGCAGGAACGGGACCCACAACAGCUCCGAGUGCAGAAGCCUCACUGGCCGGGGUGCACAGUCCCCUGUGAACAGGAGCGCAGGGAUGCCUGGGCGGCCGAAUUUCGGGGGCCCUCAGGUGGCAGCCUCCCUCUUCCUGGGCACGUUCCUCGUGAGCUCGGGCCUCAUCCUCUCCGUGGCCAUGUUCUUCUACCUCAGGCGUGCCAGCAAACUGCCCGCAGUCUUCUAUGGAAGAAACAAAGCCCCCGCCCUGCAGCCUGGCGAAGCAGCUGCGAUGAUCCCCCCGCCUCAGCCCUCAGACAAGGAGUCUGUCGAGAGGAUUCCCAGCACAGGUCAAGGGGUCACCUGGCUGCCCUCAGCCCUUCUCCGAGCCCCAGCUCUACCUGAGCAGGGGGCAGGUCAGCGGGCACAGGGCCUCCUGCGGCCCCUCCUGAGUGGCUGGCACUUCAGUUUUGUUGCGUCAGAUGUGUCACAGCGUCAGGCCACAGAGCAGGAGUCACUGGCUUCCUCUCCAGACCUUGCUCUUACCACUGUGCAGAGGUCUGGCGUGGGGACAGGUGAGGACGUCCCUCUUCUCUGGGGACAGAUAAGUUACUUGGUCAAGACAGAUCUGCCCUGUCCAGUGGAUCACGCGUCUGAGCCCUCUGAGGCAGGCCGGGCACAGACGCAGGCCUGCGUUA